AAUAUCGAUGGUUCCUGAGCGAGAGGAAGCGAACAGAGCUGAAGAAUGAGGAGUUUGUUGACACAGAGUGCAGCCAUCCCUGUGGGCAUCGACGUGCAGGUGGAGAGCAUCGACAGCAUCUCAGAGGUCAACAUGGACUUCACCAUGACUCUGUACCUGAGACACUACUGGAAGGACGAGCGACUGUCCUUUCCGUCCCGCAACAACAAGAGCAGGACGUUCGACUCUCGACUGGUGAAGAAGAUCUGGGUCCCCGACGUCUUCUUCGUCCACUCCAAACGCUCCUUCAUCCAUGACACCACCAUGGAGAACAUCAUGCUGCGGGUCUACCCCGACGGAAACAUCCUCUACAGCGUCAG